AUGUUUAUCUCUGAUAGGACCAAGCCAGGUAAAACUGAGAUCCGACCAGACGCCGAUUUCUUCCACCUGAGCCACAGCCUCAACACCCGUGAUCUACGUCACAACGACCCGUAUGUGGCCAGCACCAAGGAGGGACUUCCGGCCAGAAUGCAGUACAAACCGGCAAAGGGCGGCAACCCAUUCAGCACGUCGGUUAUGAAGGACGAUUACUCGGACUUGAACAGACGAUCGUACACCCAGGCGCAAGUACGUAUGUUGGAACAGGACAAUAAACUAGCAUCCAAGAUGAUAGAGAACUCGCAUUUCUUCCACACAGACAACAGUGGAAUGAACCAGUUCCGAUCUGUCACAAUGCAUGACUUCGUUCAACCGGACGAGAUGACAGGAGGUAAGUUCAAUCCCGACUUCACACUUUAA